UUCCUUGACUCAGAUGGCUCCACUUAAAAGGAAGGAGAACAUAAAGCCAACCAUCUGUCUGCAGGUCCAUCUCAACCACAACGGUCAGCAUCAAAUCCCCAUGAGGCUGGAACAAUGAAAAUCGUCUUCAUAAUUUUUGCUGCUUUUGUUGCAUCUGCUCUGGCAAAAGAAUCUAUCGAGUGCAAAUUUUAUGACUCCCCUGGAACUCAGCAGUGUUACGGAUCAGAAGGACAGAAACUUAUUUUUCACCUUUCAGAGACAAAAAUGGCAGAUUUUAGAUUGACAAAAGAUGGCGAGUACGUAUUUUUAAUAACAUACAGUAAAGGAAAACUGGACCUCAAGGGGCACCAUGUCGGUCAGUUUGAGGAAAUCCAACCUGGAAUAUUCAGUCUGGGAAACGCCGUGAAGAAACAUUCUGGACGUUACUCCCUGGAGGAAUACGACGCUGCAGGACGGAACAUCAGAAGAGUUCAGGUCCACAUAAAAAUACAAAAGCCAGUGUCGAAGCCAGCAGUGUCUCAAAAAUGUUCUUCACCUGAUCAGAAGACAGUCACAUGUUCUUCUCAUGGAGAUGAAGUGGAGUUCCUUCUGACUUUAGAUGGUCACUCACUUAUACAAAGCAGAGGGACCAACUGCACAGGUGAAACAUUUUAUGCCACAAAUGUUUGCAUCAGCAUAUAUGGCCAGCUGACAGGAGGCCUCAGGUGCCAAGUCUGGAACAAUGUCAGCAGAGAAGAUUCAGAAAUUCAUUUAACAGCAUGUGAAGGUAAAAAGAUGUUCCAUGUUUUUAUUAACAUCUUUUAA